CAGGGAGAAAGUGGAGACAUAGUGAGGAUAUGAGUCAGUAGCUAACUUUGCGGGUCCUCGGGUAACGUGGUGGCUCGGUCGGCGGCUGGUUUAGCUGUAAAAGAGGUCCCGUGUGUCCAGUGGCGGACUGGCUCCUCGCCGCUGAGGCGGAGGGAGUAAAUGAAGCGUUGUUUGGAGCCGCUGAACAAAGAGCUUUUCUUCCCUCUACCAUUGUUACUGAGCGGAGCGCCUGUUUUCUAACAAAUUCAGAGGUGGUUUCGGACUGUUAAAGUGAGGGGCGGCCAUUGCUCCAGUCAUGACCUCUGGGAAUGGGAACACUAACAGCAGCCAACACAGUGGAGAGAGCAAACCAGCCCAGGCCCUAGUCAAGUCCCACAUCCUCACCCAUCUGAUAGAAGGCUUCGUCAUCCAAGAGGGUGCCGAGCCUUUCCCUGUGGAACGUCCAUCUUUCUCAAUUGAGAGCCUAAGGAGACAGACAGCAGACUCAAAGAUGGACGGCCUCUCCCCGAAGGAGUUAAAGGCCCAGCAGGAGCCCAUGCUGACCUGUGAGCUGUGUGGCAGGGUGGACUUUGCCUACAUCUUCAAAAGGUCCAAGAGGUUCUGUUCUACAGUGUGUGCCAAACGCUACAAUGUGGGAUGCACAAAGAGGAUGGGUCUCUUCCCAAACCGCAAAACCACCCUGGAGAACAUGAAGAAACAAAGAACACUGAACGGAAACCACAAGAACUGCACUCUAGAGUCUAAGAAGAAGACUGCUCCCGCUGUGCAGAAGCCUGCUGCUGCUGCUGCUCUGUCCGCUGGUCACUCGGUCCACCCUGCACAGGGAGAGUCCAGCCAAUGCUCAGACUUGUCUGGCUACAAAGGGCCCCCGCCCCCCCUGUCGGCCCCCCAGCGGGUGCCUGCAGUGCAGGGCUCUGAGCUGCCCCUGUUGCCCUACAGCUUCCUGCCCAGUGACCCUGGCCAGUGGAACAUUGAGGACGUCUAUGAGUUCAUCUCCUCUCUGCCAGGUUGUCUGGAGAUCGCCGAGGAGUUCCGUUCCCAGGAGAUCGAUGGCCAGGCCCUGCUGCUGCUGAAGGAGGACCAUCUCAUGGGAACCAUGAACAUCAAACUGGGCCCUGCGCUCAAGAUCUUUGCUCAGAUUAGCAUGCUCAAAGACUCGUAGCCCAUCUCACCCCUCACACACACACACACACACACACACACACACUCUGCUCUGACUGGACAAACACAGUGUGCUCAGGAUCCCACCUGUUGACUAACUUUGAGCUGAGUUCAGGUGCUGGGCCAGAAUUGUUUGAUGGAUGUUUUGUCAUGGCCUGCUGAACACGAGGACGUCAGCUGGGACUGUUCGACUCACCUUUUACACUGAUAGCUCCGCUCUGGCACCGCGUCAGGAACACUUCACCCCAUAGUUUGACGAGAAUGGUGUGAUAGGUUGGCUGUGUUGGGAAAAGUGUUUCACUGAGAACACAUUGUUUUCAUAAUGUCCUGCAGGAGAUGGUUAGCAUCUGUUUGCGGUAGGAUUUCUCACAGCCUGUGAAAAUUUCAGAUGUGCGCUUGCUGUUUCGGCCCAACAUUUUGGAAAACAUACAUACCUGCUUGAAUUGAAGAUCAUUUCACCUCUGUGCACUCUGUGCAGAGCUACACGUAGUCCUAAUCCAGGACUUUAAUAUUACCUAUUCUGGUCCUGCACUCAGUUGGUGUGAACUCUGGAUAUUUCAGUCACUGAAUGACUCAUGAAAUUCAUUACAGGGACAAUGUUAAAAAACAGCAGCCACUGGAUGGUUUUUAGCUAAUUAAAAUGUUGAAAAAUGACAUCAGGCAGCUAACAAUAAAUCGUCUUUCUCUGACCAAGAAAGGUCUCAUUAAAGUCAAAGACAAGACAGACAAUGAAAAAUCAAAGAUGCUAAACAGGGAAGGAAAGAAUGUAAAGAAGCGAAGCUAUACGAGGAGACUAUGAUUUAGUUCAGCAGUGUUACUGCAAUAUACACAGCUCUCGAGGUGCCAUCUUUGACUGCAUGGUGUGUGUGGAGAGCCUGUGUGGAAGCUCCAGGAGAUGGCGAUGCAGGACAAUGAUCCUGCAUCAGAGGCAGGAUGCAGUAGAUCCAGUGUUCAGACCGGCACUGGAAGCACUGCUAGCCAGCUCCAUCAGCAGUGGCAAAGAAGCCAUCCAGCAACUCAGAAGACUUUUUCACUUGAUACAGACAAUUUUACCUCGGCCUCCAGUCCCUGUGCUCUGCUAAAGGUGUCCUGAGCUUAGGUCUGCUGGGCACACAGGUGAAGCCCAGGAGAAGGUUAAUUCACCCUCAUUCUGGCGCAGCACACAGGCACAAUUUCCCUCAAUAUCCCACUUCGGAAAACACCUUGAUUGCCAGUUGCUCAAUUGUAAUAAUUUAUGAACGACUGGCCUGAAAACAUGUUAUUUUAGUAGGUUUCAGGCAUAAUAGCAAUGACUACAAACACUCUGACUUUGUAAACCUCAUGUAGCAGAAAACAGUUGUUUCCGAUCGAGGCUGAUUUAUACUUCUGUGUCACAGUGUCUCUGUACAGGAGCUGGACAUGACAGCAUGGACCCAUAUAAAAUGUAACGUUAUCCAGCGAAAAUGUCCUGAUUCAAGACUUCAGUCGGGGUUGAACAGUUUGUGGGGACGUUGUGCUACAUUUUAUUAGAAGGUGACUCAGUUCGGUCUGUUUUGCCCACUCGUCUGCUGAGGCUGUCUGUAUUUCCUCUGACAUGUUUCUGGAGCUCAUUGAUUGUGGACAAAUGAGCUUUUUUAAUUUUAAUGCUGACUUUCUGUUCAGGUGCACUGGGACAGCUCUGUAUCAGAAACAGUGAAUGAAAAUGAAUGCACACAUGAACGUUGUCAUGUUCUACACUACCUGAUCACUGUAAUAUCACUGCUGCAACACUAAAUGGCAGAGACUAUGCACACAGGGAAUGAGUGCCAUAAGUGCCUAUGGUGACAUGUUGACGCAGAAGUAUAAUUCAGGCUUGAAAAAGUGUGAAAGCUCUGAAUAGUUAGCAUGUCAUUUCAUUCUACUUUUGCCAAAGUGUCUCUGCUGAACUGCUGUCACCAGAAAUGUGUAAAAGCUGAGGUAAUGAUGUU